CCCGAUUUCACAAACCCUAAUCCCACAAUUGAAUCGUAGAUCGAUUCCCUUUCACUCGCUUCAUCUUCUCUGUUUCCCCUUUUCGCGAUAUUCAUCACCAUUGACAAUCAAACUUUCUCUUUACUCUCAUCUUUAAUGUCUUUCGUUUCACCUCCCUCUCCAUCUAUUUCUUAUAAACCUUUUCACCAUUUCCUGGUUCCAAUCAAAAUCCAGAGAAUCCUCUCAGGAAGCCAAAUCCGCAUGAAAUUGAAUGGCAAAUCCCCACCGAUCAGACAUACCGGGUAAACCGGUGUCUCCUCCACCAACUCUGUCUCCGGCGAUUCAGACUCCUCUGAGAAACACAAAGUCAACCUUUUGAUUUCUAUGGAGCCAAGUUGAUAUUAUUGAUGGUGGCUAUCGUUGGAGAAAAUAUGGCCAAAAAGCGGUCAAGAACAACAUGUUCCCCAGAUGAUCUUUAUAAUCCCCAAAAAGCUUAAAGCGGGCAAUGGAGUUGACCUUGAAACAGCAAAUGGGCGACAUAAUUUCAAAAAUAAGAAAUUUUCAGAUCCGGCUACCGUCACUAAAUGGAAAGAUGAAAGAAUGAAACACCGUUUCAAGUACUCCAUGGUCAUACUGGAGAUGUCUUGGACUUGGCAUGGUCAGACUCAAAUUUGCUUCUUUCAGCUUCUAAAGACAAGACAGUUCGGCUAUGGAGAGUUGGUUGUGAUGAGUGUCUUCAUAUCUUCUAUCUUAACAACUACAGUAACUUUUUGAACUCUUAACUCAGUUAAAAAGAAUCAUGUCUGGUAUGAGAGUGACUCAUACCAGACAUGAGGAGGAAAAAGACUUAUGUUCAGCUCAAUCCUCUGUACUUGUGUGACAUAUACGUUUAUAUAUGUAUAUGUAUGAGGAGGAAAAAGAGCAAUAUUAUUAAUAGUCAAGGACUGAGAUUGAAGUUGGCCUUUCCACAGCAUGGACUCAUGUUUCAGCAACUUCAUGAAGACAAUGCUCAUCACUUACCUUCUCAUACCUCUCCCCCUUCUUGCCCUCCUCAUCUCUUCUAU